AUGAUUAAUAGCGGUUCCUCUUCUGCAAAUACAUGGUUGUCAGCCCAUAAUAACAUUGUCGACUCACUUAACCAAGUUAUGGAUUCUGUAUCUGUUCUUUCCGAUGUAGAGCUCCAAAAGGAGCUGUCAUUGUUUGCAAAUGCUCAGUUUACCUAUGACAUUGCUCCCGGUGUAGCAGCCAAUGACGAUCCCAUCUCCCCCUCUUCCAACAUCAAUGCUCAUCCUCACAAGGCAGAGAAGCCUGACAUGCACUCGCUUUUGAAUGUAAAGUUGGCCUCGUUGGCUGAGAAUAACUAUCAUACUUCCAUGUCGCCUGAUGCUAUCGCUCGCUUUUAUGAUGAUUCUCCUGACUGUACUCCUCCCAACGGUUAUCAUUCUCCCAACCCUUCUCCUCCUAAUGGGUUUCACUCUCCCAACCCGACGCCUCCCAACGGCAUCCAUCUUACCGCUUCAUCUCAUCCAGGAUUCCAAGGUAUCAUCAAUCCUCCCAUCAUAUUCUAUGGUGAAGAUGCUAUCAUGGGUUACGACGAUGACCAAUUUAUGAAGACAAUGAGAUUGUUAACAAACAGCUAUGACGAACCUCAGCCUGAAGCACUCCAGCCAACAGUAGCAGCACCCGCCAUCAGCACCACUGCCACUGCCACUGCCACCAAGAAACGCAACAGCAUUUCUACAGUUACCGUCAAAAAGUCUUCUCCUCUUGUCAGCAAUGAACUCUCGACUGUUGAUAGUGAAGACGAUGACGAAGAUGCUGAUGAGCCUGCCAAUAGUGCUGCCUCCAGAAGGACUUCUCAGAACCAAGCACCUUUGACAAAAGAAGAUAAGCGACGUCGUAACACUGCUGCUAGUGCUCGUUUCCGUGUCAAGAAGAAAAUGCGCGAGCAAGCACUUCAACAAACAGCAAACGAAAUGACCGAGAAAGCUAAAGCAUUUGAGAACCGCGUUCAUGAGCUGGAACGUGAAGUCAAAUGGCUGAAAGCGCUUAUUGUCGAAAAGAAAGAUGGACAUCUUGAACAAAUGCUGAUGCAGCAGUACGGUGCUCCCAUGGCUGCUACUUCGAACGAUAGCUCCUAUCAUCCACACCAUCAGCAGAUGAAUCAUGUCGCCUAUAACAAUAUGAGCCACCACCACCACGCCAACAACAACAACAGCAACAACAACAGAUAA